UCUUUAAAUAAAUGUCUUGUCCUCGCUAGUUUUCACUUCGCUUCACUCAUCCUUACAUUCUUCAUAUUCAAUAUUCAAAAACAUUUUCAGAAAAGUUAGAGUUGAUCACCAUCAUGUUUAGCAGCAGACUCCAUCAGCUUUGUGUGGUCACCUUUUUAUGCAUCUUUUUAUAUCAUGGAAGUUUGCAUGCAGAGAUGUGUGUGGAGACAGAGAAGCAAGCUCUUCUCAAGUUAAAGGAAGGUUUUAUUCAUGGAAUGGAACUUCUAUCUUCCUGGAACGGUGAUGAUUGUUGCAAGUGGAAAGGAGUUUCAUGUAAUAAUUUAACAGGUCAUGUAACCUCACUUCAUCUCAAAUUUUCAAAUUUUACAGCAGUUGAAGAUUUAAACUAUCUUGUAGACGAAAUGCCAGAGAUGGAAUUUUUCACUCGCUCUACAAAUUUGGCAGGUAAGAUAGAUUCUUCAAUAUGUGAGCUGCAACAUCUCACUUUCUUAGAUCUCAGUCAUAAUUACUUACGGGGAGAAAUCCCAGAAUGCAUUGGUUCACUUGGUCAAUUGAAACAGUUAAAACUUGCAUGGAAUGAUCUUAAUUCCCUUCCUUAUGCUCUGUCAAAUCUUUCCAAUUUGGAAUAUCUUGACCUUAGCAAAAAUGAUUUUGUUGAAAGUGACCUCGAUUGGCUUUCUCACCUUUCAACUUUGAGAUACCUUGAUCUUUCCAAAAACAAUCUUGUUGCAGUUAUUGACUGGACAUCAUCAAUAAGUAAAAUCCCUUUUCUAUCUGAACUCCAUUUAGAUGAUUGUGGACUCCCUCAAGUCAAUCCUGAAUCAAUCUCCCACAUCAAUUCUUCAACUUCACUCCAAAUCCUCAGUCUAUCAAGAAAUCACUUUGACUAUUCAAUUAUGUCAUGGGUGUUGAAUGUUAGCAAAGUCCUCACAAUUCUUGAUCUCUCACAUAAUGAACUUGAUGGUGGCAUAAUAAAGUCCUUUAACACUUUGUGUCACCUUAAGAAGUUGUACUUGGGUCACAAUAAAUUAUCUGAUAAACUCAGUGAUUAUUUACCAGAAUUGUGUUCUGCAAAGGAUUUAGAGGUGUUGAAUCUCGACCACAACCCAUUUCGUAAUGGGUCGUUUCCUGAUUUUUCAUUGUUUUCAUCCUUGGAGAGACUAUCACUUCAAAGUACUAGUAUUGUUGGGCCAUUAUCAUUUGCUCACUUGCCUUGUCUUAAAGCUCUGGAUCUUAGUUCAAACAAUUUGAAUGGAUCAUUGCCUGUAUUCGAGGUCACUAAAUUUGCCUCAUUGCACUUUUUGGAUCUUUCACACAACAAAUUGAGUGGGAGACUUCCAUAUAGUAUUGGACAACUUUCUAAUCUCUGGUUUUUGUCCAUCUCUUCAAAUGAGUUGAAUGGGGGUAUUAGUGAGCAACAUGUAUUCAACCUAUCUGGAUUGAAGAUAUUUGAUGUGAGUAAAAAUUCUCUUUCAUUUAACUUGAAUCCAGAUUGGGUUCCACCUUUCCAAUUGGUAGCAUUAUAUGCAACAUCGUGCAAUUUGGGGCCUCAAUUUCCAAAGUGGCUUAAACAGCAAAGGAAACUUCAGGUGCUGCAAAUCUCUAAUACCUACAUUAUGGAUUCAUUUCCUGAAUGGUUUGGGGACAUAUCAUCAAGUUUGUUAUACAUAAAUGUUUCUCAUAAUAAACUUAGUGGAAUCUUACCAAAAUCAUUAUCAGGUGUUAAAACAGGACUUAUUAGUACAUGGGAUUUUAGUUUCAACAAUUUGUAUGGCACAUUGCCUCCAUUUCCUCCAAAAGUAUUUGAACUCUUUCUUUCAAAUAAUAUGUUCUCAGGGUUUGAAUCUUCCUUUUGUGAAACAUUUCCAGUGUCUGUUACAUACCUUGACCUAUCUAGUAACGCACUCACAGGCCCCCUCCCAAAUUGUUGGCAGAACUUUCAAAAUUUGGAAGUUCUAAAUUUGGCAAAUAACAGUUUAUCAGGGGGAGUGCCAGAGUCAUUUGGCAAUUUACGAAGUAUUUUGUCAAUGCAUCUAAAUAACAAUAACUUCUCUGGUGAUAUACCAUCUCUGGCUCUUUGUAAAGGAAGCUUAAGAUUCAUUGAUUUUGGGGAUAAUAAUCUUGAAGGAACAUUACAAACAUGGUUAGAGUUUGAGCAUUUGAUUGUAUUGCGUCUACGAGGUAACAAGAUCCAAGGAAGCAUACCCCAAAGUCUAUGUAAUAUGUUAUCUCUUAAAGUAUUGGAUCUCUCAUCAAACAACAUUACAGGGAAAAUACCACAAUGCAUUGGUCUCAUAAGUGCGAUGUCAGAUAUGGAAUUUCGAGGAGAAAUAAUUUUCUAUAGAACCUCUGCACCUUUAAUAUUUCAUGACAGUGGAAUUGGAUUUUUUGAAGAUGAAAUAUCUUUGACAUGGAAAGGAGGAAACUACGAAAUGGGGAAAAUUCUUGGAUAUUUUAUAGCCAUUGAUAUUUCUAACAACAACUUAGUCGGAGAGAUACCGGAAAGCAUAACAUCAUUGGUGGGUUUAAUAAGCUUAAAUCUUUCAAGAAAUAAUCUUACAGGAUUCAUCCCCGACAACAUUGGUCAUUUGAAAAACUUGGAAUCACUUGACUUGUCAAGAAACCAUCUUCAUGGUAGAAUGCCAACAAGCUUUUCAAAUUUGAAUUUUCUCAAUUACAUGAACUUGUCUUUCAACAACUUAUCAGGAAUGAUUCCACUAAGCACCCAACUACAAAGCUUUCUUGCCUCUUCUUAUGCUGGGAACAUGCUUUGUGGCUCACCACUCCAAAACCAAUGCCUAGAUGUGAGACCAAGAGUUCAAAACAAUAAAGAUCAACUCUUAAGCUUUGUGUUUUAUCUCAGCCCAGCGUUGGGAUUUUGUGUUGGCUUUUGGAGUGUUUGUGGAACUUUAAUCGUAAAAAGUUCUUGGAGACGUGCAUAUUUUCAGCUGUUCAUCAACAUAAUCGAUUGGAUGUAUGUCACGGUUGUUGUCUUUAUAGCUAGAAUGAAAAGAAGAUUCUGAAUUCAAAAGCUAAAGGUCACUAAAUUUGCCUCGUUGCAUUUUUUGGAUCUUUCACACAACAAAUUGAGUGGGAGACUUCUAUAUAGUAGUGGACAACUUUCUAAUCUCUAGUUUUUGUCCAUCUCCUCAAAUGAGUUGAAUGUAU